AUGACCGAUAAACUCCCUCCCAAUCUCCUCGCGCUCUUCGCGCCGCGACCACCUCUGCGAUGGGUGCCUCCCUCUGACCACGCCUCCGAGGACAGAAAGACAGCUUACAUCAGCGGACUCGCCUCCUUUCUCCCCCAGCUCGAAGAAUACAAGAAGACCGACGUCUACGUUCCCACAGAGUCAUGGUUGCAGAAGAAGGAUCGCAUCAAGGCGGAAAAGAGAGCUGCCCAGGAAGCCCUGACCAAGAAUGGACCUGCCACAUACAAGCCAGACGAAGAUCCGAACAUUCGGGGCGAUGCAUUCAAGACGCUUAUCGUUGCGCGACUUAGUUAUGAUGCGACUGAUCAGGAUAUUGAGAGAGAGUUCUCGCGAUUUGGCCCAAUUGAGAGAAUUCGAAUUGUUGUUGACACCCACCAAGAUGAAAAGCCUAACAAGAAGAAAAAGAAUCAUCGUGGAUAUGCAUUCGUGGUCUUUGAGCGAGAGAAGGAUAUGAGAGCUGCUCUUGAAAACUGUGAUGGUAUUCGUAUCAAGGAUCGCCGGAUCAAGGUAGAUGUCCAAAGAGCUAAAACUGUCCGUGGAUGGCUUCCUCGGCGCUUGGGUGGGGGACUAGGCGGGCGUGGCUACACCAAAGCUGCACCACCAAGACCUACUGGACCCGGCUUUGGUGGCCCGCCUGGACCUGGGGGACCUGGUGGAUUUAGAGGAGGUGGGUUCCGUGGAGGUUUCGACAGAGGACGAGGCGGCGGUGGGUUUCGCGGAGGCGGUGGUUUCCAAGAUAGAGGAGGAUAUGGUGGUGGUGGUGGCGGACGAGGAGGUAUCGGAUACCAAGGCUCGGGAUUCUCCCGAGGCGGAUAUAACUCUAACCCUCCAGCCGGGGCUCCAGCUGGUCCUCAAGGCCGCGGCGGCUUUUCUCGAGGUGGCUACGGAGGCUCUCCUGAUCGGAACGGUGGCCCAGGUGGGUAUCCACGCGACAAUGGCUACUCUCGUAGUGGUGAUCGCCCAUCGUAUGGCGGACGUGGACCAGGCGGGAGCGGAAGCAACAAUGAGCCGGUAAGACCAAGAGAUGGCUACAGAGAUGGUGGUAGGGAUGGAGGCCGAGAUGGCGGCCGAGAUGGCGGCAGAGACUCUGGUUACGAUCGACCGCGCGAAGACGACUCCCGUAAACGCCAGUACGAAAGCAACGGCUACGAGGAGUCUCGCGACCCACGCAAGCUCAGGAGGUACUAG